AUGUCCCCCAAGCGCCAAUUCAACCCCAACUUCACUCCCUAUGUCGUCAAUUCUAUGGGGCCCAAGACCCCCGAGCGCGCUCGCGUAAUCUUGAGCUCGCUGAUUAAACACAUCCAUGACUUUGCGCGCGAGGUCGAACUCACCCCGGCCGAGUGGAUGCUGGGUGUCGAAUUCAUCAAUUCCGUCGGCCAGAUCAGCACGCCCAUCCGCAAUGAAUGCCACCGGAUCUGCGACGUGAUCGGUCUGGAAUCUCUCGUCGACGAAAUCGCCAACAAAAUCGUCACCGAAGAUGGCACCACGCCCACCUCCAACGUCAUCCUCGGCCCCUUCUGGUCGCCCAACGCCCCCUUCCGCAACCUCGGCGACAGCAUCAUCCAAAACCCCAACCCCAACGGCAAAGUCACCUACAUGCACGGUGUGAUCCGGGACAUGGAAACCGGCAAGCCCAUUGCGGGAGCAGUCCUCGAUAUCUGGCAAGCCUCCGCGAACGGACAAUACGACUUCCAGGAUCCAGCGCAGAGCGAGAACAACCUCCGCGGCAAGUUCCGGUCCAACGAGAAGGGCGAGUUCUACUGGUACUGCUAUCAUCCAACUCCCUAUUCUCUGCCUACCGAUGGUCCGGCCGGUGUGCUGCUCAAUCUCAUGGACCGUUCCCCGAUGCGUCCGGCUCAUAUCCACCUUAUGAUCACCCAUCCCGACUACGCAACCAUCAUCAAUCAGAUUUAUCCCAGCGAUGAUCCCCAUCUCAAGAUUGACUCUGUCUUUGCUGUGAAAGAUGAUCUGGUCGUUGACUUUAAGCCCAAGAUUGGCGAUCCCAAGGCCCAGCUCGACCUCGAGUAUAAUGUCAAUAUGGCGCUGAAGAAGCAUCAUCCUAACCCUAACUCGGCCCCGCCCGUGUCCUCGUUCGAGCGCUACAACAAGAGCAACCAGAAGCUGUAA